AUGCACUGGCGGCAAAAUGCCAAGGCCCUGCUGAACCGGGGCUCGUACGUGACCGCCGCCGACAUCGCCAGCUGCCCCAAGCUGGUCGCCAUCGGCAAGCAUGGGGAGGGGAUCGACAACGUGGCCCGGGGGAUCCGCUCCAUCACGACGCAGCAGAUGGCUAAGCCCGUCCCGAAGGAAAUGUGCAACGGGCGCACGGUGCACGGCAGGUUCAUCGGGAUCAUCGGGAUGGGCAACUUCGGCCGCACGGUGGCGGAGAUCUUCUACGGGGGGAAUAACGCCCGCAUUGUCGCGUAUGAUGCAUACAUGCCCGCCACCGGGGUCUGGGAGCAUCUUCCGCAUAUCCGCGCCCAGAGUGUCGAGGAGGUGAUCACGCAGGCGGAUGUGCUAUCGCUGCAUCUGCCGCUGACAAAGGAGACACGCGGGAUGCUGUCCUAUGCGGAGAUCAAGCAGAUGAAGCCGGAUGCCAUCCUCAUCAACGCGGCGCGUGGAGACAUUGUCGAUGAGGCAGGGCUCGAGCGGGCUCUAUCCAAAGGCCACAUUUGGGGUGCAGGGCUGAACUGCCACGAGCAGGAGCCUCCAAGUCGGGAGAAGUACGGGGCAUUCUGA